AUGAUUAAGCAGCGAUACAAAAAAAGAAUACGACAGGAGGCUAUCGAGGGUAUCAUUGUAAAGGGUACUCAGAACAUUCAACCCCAUGAUCAAGUUGGAUUCACCUUCUGCUCCAAUGAUUUUGCUCGAGGACAGGGUUGGAUGAGGUUCAGGCCUGCCUCCGAGGUGACUUUCGAUGAUGUAUGGAAUAAGAUAAGUUCCAUAUAUCAGAGUAAUAGCACCGGCCUCAAUACCGAAACGUUCUGUCUCGGUAUUACAACUGUAAAGAUGCCUGCUGGAAAAGGUCGUGGUUAUAUUUACAACUCGUUUAAUGAGGAGUGUUCCAAACGCCGGGGAAUCGUUGUUAUCAAAAACACCGAUAAUCUCUGCCUUCCUCGCGCUUUGGUUGUUGCCAAAGCUUACGUCGACAAAGAUCUGGAACUCACUAAAAUACGUAAGGACACUGGUAAAAUACAACGUGAGAAAGCACUGCAAUUAAUGAAAAAUGCGGGUGUUGUUAUUCCUGACGAGGGAGCAGGUAUUUCGGAAUUGCAACAAUUCCAGCUGUGUCUUACAGGCCUGGAGAGCGAUAUAGACUUAGACAUCCUAGAACUAAUAGGCUGUCCUAGUUUGUAUGAACUAGACAGCGAUAGUGACAGUUCUAAGGAGGAGGAGGAGGAGGAGGAGGAGAGGGAGGAGGAGGAGGAUAAGGAGGCAGAAGAGGAGGCAUCCAUAUCACUGACGCCUCCACCGGUAAAAAAAACAAAAAAAAAAAUAGAAAAAUAA